AUGGGGUACAUGGUUGCUCAGAAGGGUGGAUACAAUCGUGUUGGGUUUACAAAGAAGGAUCUGUACAAUUAUUUUGAUAGUAAAAUGCGUGCUACUAUUAAAUAUGGUGACGUUGCCGCUGCUAUAAAUUAUCUAAAUGUGAAGUCAUCUACUGAUCCCAUGUUAUAUGGUAAAUAUGCCGUAGGCAUGGAUGGACGAAUGAAGUCUCUUUUUUGGGCUGAUGGAAGCAGUAGAUCUGACUAUUUUUGUUUUGGCGAUGUGAUUGCGUUCGACACGACUUACAAGAAGAACAAAUACAACUACCCAUUGGUUAUAUUUUCAGGGUGUAACCACCACUCUCAGACAGUUAUUUUUGGUGCUGCAUUGGUGUCAGAUGAAACGACAGAGACGUAUAAGUGGUUGUUGGAGUGUUUUUUAGAGUGCAUGGAAAAUAAAUACCCAGAAGCAGUUGUAACAGAAGGAGAUGGGGCGAUGAGGGAAUCUAUAAAACAGGUGUUUCUGGAUGCGACACAUCGUUUAUGCGCUUGGCAUUUGAACAAGAAUGCGUUUGAGAAUGUAAAGAACUCAGAAUUUUUGAAAGAUUUUCAAAAAGCCAUGUCACUAUGGGCAACUACAUAUCUACAUGAGAAGUUUUUUGGACGUAUAAGAACUACGUCUCAAUGUGAAGCCGUCAAUGCAAUCAUCAAGAGUUAUGUCAGGAAGAAAGGCUGCAUUUUUGAAUUUAUGCACAAUUUUGAGCAGGCUAUGAGAUCUUAUAGAAAUAAUGAACUGAUUGCCGAUUUUAAAUCAAAGUUUUCAGAACUUGUGAUGACUACUCAACUGCGUGCCCUUGAGAGCCAUGCUGCGAAAGUUUAUACUACAGAGAUUUUCAAGGAAGUCAGAAAUGAAAUAGUGAAGGCUGGAUCAUUGAUUGUUAAGGAAAAGUUAAUUCACAACGGAUUUAAGACUUAUCGAUUUACAAAAUAUUGUUGUGAUAACUAUGACAUAGAGGUUGUGUAUGAUGGUGAAACACUUCAAUGUGAGUGUAGGUUAUGGGAUUCUCGUGGGAUUCCAUGUUCUCAUAUGUUUGGUGUCAUGAAGGAAGAACAUGUUAGUCUCAUUCCCACCGGUUUGAUUUUGUCGAGAUGGACGAAGGAUGCAAAAAUUCAAUACUUGAACAUGAAUUGUAAUGGUUCUGAUGAUUCUAUUAUGAUUGAGCAAGCUCGGUUUGGUGCAUAUUGUUCUGCAUUUACUGCUUUUUGCAAAGAAGCUUCAAAAAAGGAAGGUGUUUAUGGGGAAAUAAUGGGUGACAUUCUGAAGUUACAAAAAAAGUAUUGCAGUACGGACAAUCCUAUUUUGGCAUCGAACUCAGCCGUAGGUGAUCCAAAGAUUGUUGUGGAAAACGCGCCAUCUGAACAAAAUGUUGGUAUGAAGUCGUGGUCAGUAACUGAUUCAUUCAGCCAAGUUGUGAAGAACAAGAAUGGAAAAAGAGGUCGCAUUGGUGAAAGUAGUGUGCAAAAUAAAUGUACAGAGCCACCGAACUCUCGUGGCGCUAAUGUGACAGCGACUUCUCGCGCGGAAGUUGGAAGCACAAGCAUACCCAUGCCUGCAAUGUAUGGAUUGCAACCCGUGUUGCCAGUGGUACAACCGGUGUUGCAUCUAAUGCACGUACAACCGUUAAUCCCACUAUAUCCAACGACAGUUGCGGAAAAUUCGGGUUCGUGUUUCGGUAGGCUACAACGACCGAUGAACAAUGGUGGUACUUGA